GAAUAAAACCUCAUUGUCACGUGCGCGCCUCUGGUCGAUGAGUCCAAAAAUCUGUGUGAACGACCGGUGGAGUGAGUUUGGAUGGUGGUGGGUGUCACUGAUCUACAGAGGUGUGACACCCACCGAUCCACCCAGCUCCGUCUGAUUGGUGGUCGGAGGACGCACAGCUGAAGGUGGCACCACGGCUCGCCCGGAGCGCAUCAGUGCCCCCCGCCGAGCCGCGCCGCUCCGACGCCAUGCCUCGCUUCACCGUCCACAUCCGAGACGAGUGGCUGGCGGUGCCCUGCCGAGACACAUCCUGCACCAUCCAGUGGCUCGGACUGGAAGCGCUAAAACGCUACGUCAAGAACAAACCGGACAACGGAGGCAUAAAGUCCGUGAAGGAGACGCGCUUCAUCGUGCGCAGGUGCCAGGGUUCGGGCUUGCUGGACGCGGAUGACACCAUCGAGGAUGUGCUGGACGAUAAUGACUUUGUCGAGCUCGUUAUUGAAGGAGACACCAUGUCUUCCGAGUACAUCCCAUGCGAGCCUGGAGUUUCUCACCUCACAGCCGCAUACAAAGAACCCAAUGAAUACAUUUGCCUGGAUGGGAACAGCUUGACUGCCACAGACCUGGUUGACUUAGGAAGAGGACUUUAUAAGAUAAAGCUGACCCCAGAGGCGGAGAAAAACGUUGUGCAAUCACGAGAACUUUUGGACACCAUCGUCAAAGAAAACAAAGUUGUCUAUGGAAUCACAACAGGUUUUGGCAAAUUUGCCCGGACUGUCAUCCCUGUCAGCAAGCUCAAGGAGCUCCAGGAAAACUUGGUGCGGUCCCACUCAGCAGGUUUGGGAAACCCGCUGAGCCCUGAGAGGACGCGCAUGCUGCUCGCUCUGAGGAUCAACGUUUUAGCCAAAGGACACAGUGGAAUUUCUCUGGAAACCCUUCACGCCAUGAUACAGGCCUUCAACUCAUCCUGCCUCUCCUUCGUUCCAGAGAAGGGAACGGUGGGUGCCAGUGGAGACCUGGCCCCCCUCUCACACCUGGCCCUGGGGCUGAUGGGAGAGGGGAAGAUGUGGUCCCCAAAGAGCGGAUGGGCAGAUGCCAAAUACGUCUUGGAGGCCCACGGACUGAAACCAAUAUCACUAAAACCUAAAGAGGGUCUUGCUCUGAUCAACGGGACCCAGAUGAUCACCUCUUUAGGAGCGGAGGCGGUGGAACGAGCCCAGGCGAUCGCCAACCAGGCAGAUAUUAUUGCUGCUCUGACGCUGGAGGUGCUGAAGGGAACCACCAAGGCCUUCGACAGCGAUAUCCACGCACUGCGACCCCAUCCCGGACAGAUAGAGGUUGCUCAACGCUUCCGCUCACUGCUGGACUCUGAUCACCACCCAUCUGAGAUUGCAGAGAGCCACAGGUUCUGUGACAGAGUUCAGGAUGCUUACACCAUGCGGUGCUGCCCCCAGGUUCAUGGAAUUGCAAAUGACACCAUCAAAUUUGUCCAAAAUAUCAUCAAUACAGAAAUCAACAGUGCCACUGACAACCCUAUGGUGUUUGCAGAACGAGGCGAGACCAUUUCGGGGGGAAAUUUCCAUGGUGAAUACCCAGCAAAGGCUCUGGACUUUUUAGCCAUCGCAGUCCACGAGCUGGCCUCCAUCAGCGAGAGGAGGAUCGAGAGGUUGUGUAACCCUUCCCUGAGCGAGCUGCCUGCCUUCCUCGUCAACGAGGGCGGCCUCAACUCCGGCUUCAUGAUUGCCCACUGCACGGCUGCUUCUUUAGUUUCAGAAAAUAAAGUUUUGUGUCACCCGUCCUCGGUGGACUCCUUGUCCACCAGCGCUGCCACAGAGGACCAUGUGUCUAUGGGAGGCUGGGCAGCUCGGAAAGCCUUGAGAGUCAUAGAGCAUGUGGAGCAAGUUCUUGGUAUAGAGCUGCUGGUGGCCUGUCAGGGUAUCGAGUUCCUCCGCCCACUUCGUACCACCACCCCGCUGGAGAAGGUCUAUGACCUCGUGCGCAGUGUGGUCAAACCGUGGAUCAAAGACAGAUUCAUGUCUCCAGACAUCGAAGCUGUUCACCGUCUCAUCCUGGACCAGAAGGUGUGGAAUGUGGCCAAACCUUACAUUGACAAGUACGAGACAGAAUACUUCCCAGAGUCCCGGCCCGUUUCUCCCACUGCCUUCUCCCUGGAGCCUCCACCUUCUCCGAGGAAACGUCUCCGGCACGAGUGAAAAAAAUAACUUUUUUUUUCUUUCUUCACUGUUGCAACAACUACAACAAUUUUCACUGAGGAAAAAAAACCUUUUUGAUGAUUUAGAUUGAUGUGAAGAUGCAUUAUUUGGCCUCUUCUUGAUUUUUGACAAUACAAAUUGAUAGUAUUUUUAAAAAUGAGUCAAGCAACAUAUAUUUCUGGUGAUAAUUUUUCGAUGUAUGAACACAUACUGCAUUAAACCUGAACUAAUCUACUGUCUUUAAAAUUAAUUUUAAUAAUGAAUUGCAUUUUGCGUGUACCUCAGACAGCCACUGCUGGCAUCCUUCUGGUGUCGUCUAAUUUAUGUCUGAGAGGAAGUUUUCACACAUUCAUCAGUGCCCGAUGUUUAUUUUGCUUUAAAAAUCUGGUGUAAUUAAAUCAAAUCUGAUUUAAAUGUUUAAAUGUUUUCAUUUAGACAAAAUAAAAUAAAAAAUAAAUGCUAUUUUUUGUCUGGUUUUACACAUUGA